CGGAGAAGUUAUGGCUAGAAGUGGUUGAUGUAUUAGUUAACAGUAUUAUUGAAUAAGAUGCACAUACUGGAUUUCUUAAAUAUGAAAUUGUGUUCUGUCGAAUGUGAAGUUACAUCUGUGGAUUACUGUGCUUGUUUCGCCUGGCCUUAUUGCUAAGUGGAGGAUGUUUUGCAGUUCAAUCGAAACAUUGUUCAAUAGACUACCGAAUGAAGAACCUGUGCUAUGUUGGAUAUCUGUGCCCAAGCAAUCUGCAUUCAUGAUUGUAAAAAAUUCAACGAGCUACCAAACUUCAUGAGGUAGCAUGGAACUGCCAUGGCGCUUAAUACUCCCGCUGUUGAUCUUUCCACUCCAAGCGAAAGCGGGAUAAAAAUAAAGAAAGAGAAAGAAGAUGACGAUCCUGGCGUAAAAGAGAGCAGUCCUCCCAAAGUGAAAAAUAAGCAGUUGUCUGAUUUGCUUUCUCGUAACAUUACUAUCACAAGUGCUAAUGCUUCCCGAGGAGAGAAAUCGAAUCCUCAUCCAAAACCAGCAGUUCCAGCUCCAGCAAAGCCAUCGACAGACCCUCCAGCUAAACCCGAUCCUCCCCCGAUAGAUUUCCCCAGUACAUGCGGCGCAUUCGGUUGGACCACCAUUGGUUCAGUCCACUUGCCUUUCAUAAUGCGCGGAGAAGACAGAUUCGUGUCUGUCCGCAUGGUCGAGUGCAAAAUUAUUAGCAAUUAUGCAGAUGUUCUUCCAUGGACGGUGUUCACAUGCACUAAUAUAAAAAGCUAUUACAUCACCGAAAACGAGGCGAAGUUGCUCAAUGAAAUUAAUAGUUUCCAUUGUGAAUUCCAGUUUGGUUAUCAAAAUUUUACAACUAAGGAUGUGGUGGUGCGCCUUCAAGACACUGUGAAGUUUUAUGAGUUUCUUGAAACUUGUAAAGCGAAGCUUAAUGUUCAAGGAUCAAAUGCCGUGUUUGGUGACCAAUGUGGAUAUUUUCUUAUAAAUUAUGCUCCAGUACCUUUUAUAAGAAGGGGAUUAAAAAAGUGCGUUCCUCUGAACAUGGUUUACUCAGAAGCUUCCUCUCCUAUAACGAGUACAGAAAGUGUGACUGAGUGGGAACUAGCAUAUUUGAAGUUUCUGUGUUGGAAUGCUAAUUUAGGUGAUAAGAAACUGAAUUCUGACACGCAGUUGUGUAGCACUGAGGAUCUUCAGAACAUUCUUGGGGGCAUUCAGUUUGAAGAAUGGUUUCCAAAUAAACAAUGCUCUUCCAUAAAUGAUGGGUCUCACUUUUCAUCUUCCAAUGGUGUUUUGCCUAAGUGGGGAGAAUCUGUACAAGGUAUUCAUUCUGCUUCUGUAACUGCUGAUGAUGAUAAACUCAGGGAAAAGAUCAAUGAAAUCCAGGACAAAGAUAGCCUAUUAAAUUCAUUUUUGGGUUUGAACAAAUAUUUGGAUUCUUCUGUUUCAAACUCUGCUCAUGUCAAUAGAAAUCCUCAUGAACAGUCUAAUUUAUUAAAUUCCAUUCAAAGUAGUGAAAGAACAAACAUAUAUUCAUCACCACUCGAAAACUUUUUGGCAACUUCUUCAUCUUGUAAUUAUCCUUAUUCUAUGGAUUAUCAUAAUCAGUACACUGGACAAAUGCAAACGUCAGCACCUGAGUUUGACAGGUGUAGAAAGUCUGACGGGAGCUUGCCGUCACUUGCAUCCAGUAGACCCAAAACAUUUCCACCUCCUCCACCUCUGGUAAGGUUGGGGAAUUCGCGUAUUGGCUCAAUUCUAGGAGAUCCUGGAAUGGUGCCAAAAGCUUCACCGUCAUUGUAUCCUUAUUUACCAACUGCUCCAUCUUCAAACACAUCUUGUCCUCCUUGGUUAGCGAGAAUUUUAGAACCGGACUGGCUGCGUGAAGAUGACAACAGAUCAGUAUUACAAUCAAACGAGGCCCCUGAGAAUUUGUCUCGGAGACUGGGUGAACACGAUUCGUGGUGUCCAACCUCUUUGCCAUCAAAUGUGAAUAUGAAUGGAGCUGGCUCCUCAAGUAGUACUUUGCGAAGCAAUAGCAAUACUGCAGGUGUGAUAAGGGACAACUUCGAUUUAUCUCACGGUUCAUUGCAUUCUCACGGAAGCAGUCCAAGGAUACUAACUGGACCUGGUCCACCGCCUCAUUAUCCAACUCCUCCACAAUCAUCGCCUCUCCAACCUUUAUCUUUUCUUGACUGUGCCGCUGUGCUAGGUAUGACUGAUAUUUAUGGUACAAGGUCAACGCCAAAUGGCUUGGUAGAUCUCUGCAGUCCUCCUCCUUCACCUGAAAUGCGAACAGCUUUAUCUAACAGCCCAAGAGGCACACAUGUGCCCAGCUAUGGCUACCAGCCUCAUAUUACCCGCCUGGUGCAGGUUGAUUCUCGAUAUGUGCUUGCAAUCAAUAUUGAGCCGCUGAAAUACAAUUCCCUAUUGGCGGUUCCUAUAUCAGACGUGGUUAAUAAGUUCCUUCGAGGCACUAAUGUACAGUCCUGCCAGAUUGUGUUAGAAACUGUAUUCGGACUACGCCUUUAUGAAUGUACCAGUUUGCAGCAAGAAGCAUUUGCCAAGCAUAACUUACAGAUCAUGCCUGGUAGCAAGCUAGUUUCACUGUCAGACCUCAAGAGUUGUUUGUACCAGCUGAAGUUUUUACUCGUGGAGCAGGAGAAGAUGAAAGAGAAGCACUGUGACAUUGGAGCUACAGAGUUACCUUUAUCAAAACGGUGGUGUGGUAAUGCUCGAGAGUGCUGAGCAUUGCAUCAUUCCUUAGCCACUGGCAGUCGACCUCCUCUAAUUUUCCGUGUACGCUAGCAACCAAAAGUCUACCGAAUCUCAGUUUCCAGUUCUGUUCGUUCUUUUUCUCCUUGUCUUUGCCCUCUUCCGUUCUGUUCGUAGUCUUCGUUCGUUGCUGUCAGUGGCAGAUUUGUGUGUGCGUGAAUCCCACCUUAUUUUAGACUCCAUGUGUGCAAAUUUUAAUCUAUUUUUUCAUGUUAUCUAUUAUGUUAAGACUGCAUUUAUUGUACAUAGAUGUGUUAGUGUUAAUAAUGCAGAAAGACGAAAGUAAAUUAAAUAUGUUGUGA